UCAAAUGCUUAUAGAGACGCCCAUUACCUCCUCCUCCAUCCACCACCACGCUUCUCCGUCAUUACACUCCUCUCUUGCAUUUAUCACCACCACCUCCUCUCUCUCUCUCUCUCUCUCUCUCUCUCUCUCUCUCUCUCACACACACACACACACACAUUUGCGAAUUGCGAUGGAUCUGAAGAGUUGCAUGACUACUGUUUUCAUCAUCUUCCUCCUACUUGCAGUGCCUGGUUUCUCCAAAGUUAAACAUGGAUUAGGUUCAGAAGUUUAUGAUAUCGAUUAUCGUGGACCUGAAACUCAUUCUCAUAGGCCUCCACCAAACCGAAACCGACCUGGUGGUGUUCGCCAUGGAAAUCUCAACAAGCAUCCUCAUUCUCAUUUAACUCAGAAGCGCCAUAAACAAGGAAAAAAAGCUUAAUGGAUGAAGACUAUUCCAACAAUGGUGUCGCUCAAGUAUAAGUUAAAGUUGAGAUAUCUAUGGUUUUGUGUUGUUUUUUUUUCUAUUUGCAUGAUUACUCGUAUAAAUAUCAAGUUAAGAAUAUACUAAAAUGCAUGUGAUUAUGAUUUAUUUAUAUUGGCUGCGACAUCAUCCGAUAAAACAAACAAAUCGAAGCAUUUUAGUACGUUCUUGAUUCUAAAUUAUUGUGAUAAUAUAUAUCCAACUGUGGCUUUUAAAUUUUAAUCAUGUAAGUUUCUUAGUAUUGGAGAAUGGAGAAAGAUCUCAAUGUAAUAUAUGCAGCACGUUUUCAUGUUGUAUGCUUGUAUUUGAAGUUUGGCAAAUUAAUGAUGGUUUUAUUAUGUGUAAA